GGUGGGGAAGCCCGCGGAGCCGCAGCCCCGGCCCCGGCAGGUCUCUCUGGGCCCCGGGCCCGACUCCCACCUCUGCGCCGGCCCGCGGGCUUCGCAGGCCCUGCACUGCCGACCGGGCUGCGCUCAAGGCCGCCAGCCGCCCGCCGCCCUCUUUGUCCCCCCGCUGCAGGAAGGCCGCGGCACAGGGGGCGCCCUCCAAGCCGUCAGCCACGCACGCGGAGGCGCUCGGGCCUCGGGGCGGCGCACUGGGAGAGCACGCCGGGGAGGACACGUGGGCCUUGGCGCGGUGGGUUAAGAGCCCCGGCCCCGGGGAAUCCCGCAGCCCCCUCCUGCUACCUCUGGAACUGGGCUUCCCACCCAGUCCGGCCACAGCUCAGGAGGAAAAGGGGAUUCCUCUUCACGGGGGCCUUGCAGCUCCCUUGAGACACGCGCCUUCAAGCACUCUGGCCCCUAAAGCUCCUGUCCCCCAACUCGCAGUCCCCAAGGCGUCCUUUGUCCCCAGGGCCGUCCUUCAGGAUUUUAAGGAAACAGAGCAACAGCUACAACAAAAUGGGGAGAAGAAAUGAGAACUGUGCUAACAGCCUACGUGUGUCAAACAUCUCUCAGGAGAACUUAUCUCACUGGAAUUUGGAUUCAGAAGUACCUGUUUCUGAAAAUAAAAACCUCCCAGCUGGAAGGGAUGGAGCAGCAGGUGAACUAUUUGGAAAUUCCAGUGGAGCAACUGAUGCUAGAACCUAAUUUGUCGGUACAUAGUCAAAAAAGUACACAGAAUAGUAAACAAGGGAUCUUUCAAUUAUGGAAUUGUCCUCUUAAUGAAGGAAGUACCAUAGAGAAGAGGGAAUUCAAAAAAUCUUCAGUGGAAACUGGCUUUAAUGUAAUCAAUCAUCCUAUAAGGGUCUUCACUCUGAACCACCCAUUAACAAUUGCUUCGGUUGAUAAGCAAGUUGGUCCUUACCCUGGACUGCCAAUGCCGUUAGGUCUCUGCUGGCCCUAUGCUGAUGGAGACUUUUUUAAGAACAGAAAUGAGAUUCAUAUUAGUUCAUGUUCAACUAUAGAAAACAAUGAUGGUGAAACGUUACCUGCUCCAAAUUGGAAUUUGAAACAUGGAAACAGCAGUGUGGAAGAAAAUUUCACAGAUGAAAGUGAUUUAUCAGAAAAUGAGAAGACAAAUGAUACUUUACUCAGCUAUUUUAAAAAGGUGGACCUGAACUUGAAGCCAGAAACAAUAAAAAAUGUUGAGGAACCUUUCACCGAGGAGCCAAAUGAAGUAUUUCCAUAUCCUGAUUUUCUCCCUCCUCCUUUCAGUACUCUAGACUUGCACAAUUUAGCCCUCUCCAAAUCUGACAAUUGGAAAGCGACAGUGGACCCUGCAGAAACCUCUGUUGAACACUUGAUAACUCGUUUACUGGAACUAGAACGAUUACAACAUAUGACUAUUCAAAAAGAGAGGCCAAGACUACAAAUGACUUUCUGUACUCCAGCAGUUACUGAACGACCCUCUUCCUCCAAAGCUACACCAAAAGUGAGACAGCCAAAACUUUGCGACUCUUUGAGUCUUCAGAUACCUUGUGUAGAUAAAAGUCAAGAAAAAAGUAAAAACAACUCUGGUUCUUGUAAGCUUGAACAAAAUGCUUUAAAACGGAAUUGGAGCAAUGCUGGCAAAUAUAGAUGGAAUUCUAGACCACUGUCUCUAAAAAGUUCCUCCACCACAAAACAAUUGAUUGAAACUUAUGAUAAGAAUCCCAAAAGUUCUAUUUUAAGUCCAUGCCAAGAACUCUCAUUCAAACCUACUAUUGGCCAUACAAAUCAAUCAAUGGUUAAAAUGGUCUCCACAAGAUGUCUGCCAUCGAGGUCUCCAAUGCCAGUUUCACCUAUACCUCUGACUUUUCCCGAAAAUCAGAAGGAAGAAAUUAAGGCACCGAAGAGAAACUUUGGGACCAAAAAGAAACUUUACUGACAAAAUAUAGUGUUGAAUAGACCGUUCUCUAUUCAGAAGCUAAACUGUUUGUCGCCUUCCCUUAUUGCUAAGGAUAAGUGCUGCUCACCCAUUGAACAAAAAUAACUCUUUUCUUUCAUACAUCUCAAUGUGAACACAUCUACUCUAAGAAGCCCAACUAAGAUAUGGUUAAUUAUUCCAAGACACAGGUACUAUUAACAGUCCCCCAAAAUCACCAAACAGUUGCUUGAUGUGACAUGGAGUGGAACUUGUGAAAAGCACUGCUGAGAUGUCUAUAUAUAAACCCACAGGCUUCUAUACUGACGUAUUUCACAAUCUUUUGCAUGUUGUGUUUCAAAUAAAUGGUUCACUUGGUAGACUAUUCUAUUCAAAAGGCUACUCUUUUUUCAGUGAUUGUUUUCCAGUAUAAUUCCAUCAAUAAAUGGUAUAAUUGACUUA